UUGUAAGCGCCCUCCAAGAAGAUCUACAAAAGGCCGACCCCCAAAGCGGGAUACAGGAUUUGGCGGGUGCCCUUUCAGAAGUGGAUCUACACGGCUUCUGGCUCCAAUUUAAGGGGCGGCUCAGUUUUCAGGACGAGCGGGAGUUUCGUGAGGCGUUAGGCUACAUGAGUGCCCUUGGCUACAUUCUUAGGUUCCCAGAAAACUCGCGGUUGCGUGGCGUCGUUUUUCUGGAGCCCUCAUGGGUGGCGCGGAUCCUAGGCGACCUUUUCAGUCAUACGCUAGAGGCAAAGGGAGACUCCGAUCUAGAAGAUCUCAUCGAGCGAGGACUCUUGCGGGAGAGUACCAUCCCAAAGCUGCCCAAGCUGAGAGCACGGGGGGGUUCAGUCAACAGUGGGCACCUUCUUAGUCUUCUCACGCCUCUGAAGCUCGGAUACCCCAAACCGGAGAGCGGGAGUUUGGGCGGAGGGGGACAAACGUACUACCUGCCAGGAAGAUGGCCGGAGGGGAGGCCAGAUGCUGUUGCCGCCAAGUGGGCUCCACAAGCGGGGGACCUGGUACGGGGUUGGCGGCUGACAAGUCGGGGCCGCCUGCCGGCGGGUUUCUUCGAGACGGCCCUUGUGCAGUCUGGCAUCUGCGUUGCGUUCCCGCCAAAAGCCUCCGACCAGUGGCAAGGAGGGGUGCUUAUCGAGGCGCCCCGAAGCGUCUCGAUCUUGGUAGAGAGUCGCCGGGAUGCGGACGGCGGGUCGUGUCUCGACAUGCUGGCCAAGGUGGGGCAGAAGGAAGCGGCUCAACUGGUCCAGGAUGGAAGUGGGGACGAAGACCUUUGGGGACCGCUCAGUUCGAUCGUGCUCUCCGCCUUCUCCCUCCACAGAGUGGCAUUCCACGGGGACCAUCGGAUAGAGUACCUCGCGGUCUGUCCUCUGCAUCAACCGGGUCACUUCCUCAGGCUUACCCCGUCGGUUCUGGGCGAGUUGGUUCAAGGGAGGCAUGCCGGCAUGCUGCGGGGGGACUGUCAAAGUGUGGGCAAUCCGAGCACAUCCCCUCACAACGACGUCCCGUGGGCGCAAAUAGCCCCCAGCCCCGAGCGGCUGAGAGAGGCGUUCCGCCAGGAGGAGGUGCUAGCUGCGUUGCGGCGCAUUGACCAGAUGCAACGGGGGUUCCCGCUCCUGAUCGAGCAGGCGCAGCAUGCGCUGGGGGCGUUGAUCGUUGCAGCGAAAACGGACGUCGCGCCGCGGGUGUUCAUCGUCCAUCGGGAGGGCCUAGACAAAGCCCGCGCGCUCGAGGGCAUGAGGGCGGUGAUCAAGGAGGCGGUGGAUGCCGGUUUGGCUGCCUCGAGCGCGGACUCUGCGGUCGAAGUUGGGGCGCGGAAGUUCCUCGCCGUUGCCUACAACCGCCUCAUGGGGGGCCUCUUCCAGGACCACGCGCGGCUGUUCCUCGUGUGUGAGGAGUGCGGGGAGCCGCAGGGGAGCGGUUACGCGAUCCGGCGGAAGUCGAAGUGGGGCAAUCGGCUCGCCUCAGCGCUCGGAGUCCUGCUCGCGCUGGGCAAGUUGAGCAGGCUUGUCGCCCCUGCAUUUGGAGCGGAAUCGCUGGCGGACGGGCUGGUGAAGGCGGUUGAGUUGGCCAAGGGACCGCUCGACGCGGCGGAGGGAGCGCUCCCCGCCAAAGUCCAGCGGGCCCUGUCGGCCUCCAGGAGCAUCCGGCAAGUGAGCAGGCGGGGGCUCGAAGCUUUCGAGCUGACGAGCUUCCUGCAGGAGCACGACAAGGAGGGGGCCUGGAAAGGACAGCUGUUCUUCGACAAAGCCCGUCCGGCUCCGCCAACCGUGGACUCGCUGACAGGCGACAAGUCGGUGGCGGCCGUGCUGGAUCCGCGGAGCGGCAACGCUUCCGUCUGGCUGUGCCAGGCGUGCCUAGACGGGGGCAAAGGGAUCCCUGCACGGGGCUCGCCGGCGGCUGGGCAGGGUCGAAGGCGGAUGUGGUGUUGCGGCUGAUCCCGAGCUCAGGAAUGGCGACUGGAGGUGUAUCGUGUCGAGAAAGAGCGGGGUGAUUGGAUAGCGUCCGGAGGGUGACGCUGGUCGAGGC